AUGAAUAAUCUCCGUUCAAGAUCCUUCCUGGUGCGAAUGGUGUCGGAUCCGAAAUGCUACAAUCCGAAAAUCGUUCGUCAUCUGAACAUGGCAAACCACCGAAAGAUGAGCCAAGACGUCUACCGCGAUCGAACCCUUAUGCAGACCAUUUCCCACAGUCAACGUCCGGGUCGCCUUUCGCAAUCACCGGGUUCUGGGGGAAGCGCUUCUUUUUCAACGAACUUUAACUUUGAAGAGGACGGUGAGAACGUGACCGUCGCCCUCUCUCAGACCGGUCUGCAAACACCGCUCUGA